AUGCCUUGUGUGUGUUGCAAGAAACCGGCUCCAUCCGGAGAGCAUGUUGCCGUGUCGAGUCGAGCCGAUUCAGGUUCCGCGGCCCCCAAGCCGAAUCGGAUGGGAGAUCGAGGCUUUGACGAUGACAAGGCAGCCCUCCAAAAGUGGAGAGACCAACAUUUGCCGCCCAAACAACAACAACACAACAACCACCAAUCACCGGACGAGGCGAGCUCGGGCUCGGAUGCCAGUUAUGGUAUUGACGAAACCAAACAGCCAGUGAAAUUAUCUCCUCGAGCCGUCCAAGCGUGGCAAGAAAAGCGACAAGAGCGGUCACCACCACCGCCCAUGUCAGAUCCAGAAGAAGACACGACACCCACAACCACACCCACUGCAACCUUAAUCAAGCCAGCCAGUACUACAAGUGGUAGUAGCAGCAAGAGAAAAUCCCUCAAGGAAGAGUUACGAUCUCCUUACGAAUUGUCUUCGGCCAGUGGGAGCAGUCAAAGUGGUGCCGAUUCGAGAUCACAGUUGCAAUUGAUGCAUAUCCUUCGACAGAUUCAUCCCAAUGAAGAAACAACACCUCAUCGUGAUAUUAUAAGGGAUGAAGAAGUGUCCUCUCACAUCGAAGCGUCUCCGACUACUACUACAGCUGCUACUCCCAUCAUGCAUAAUCCACAACGGUCCAGUCCCACAAAACAACCACAACCACAACAGCCGAGAAUACGAAAUGACUAUGAUCAACUGGAUGCCCUGGUACAGGAAUCCAAUACACACAUCCAGCAACAGCAACAGCAGCACAGUCACAAUCAUCAUCAUAAUAAUGCUACCCACAGUCCUCCAUCAUCAUCCAACAACAGUCCUCGGAAACGUCCCAUUGUAUCACCUCCUCAGGCUCCUCCUCACCACUACCAGCCAAAAAUACAAAGACAACAUGAUCAUGAAGGUUUGAGAGACCAAAUGAUUCGAGAUGUCGUUUUGCAACAGCAACAAGGCGCUCCAUCUUACGACGACGACGAUGAUGAACGACUGCACGGUCAAGUCUUUCUCAAGGUAAAUUCGUCGCCUCGCAGUAGUCCUUCCCAUGACCACAAUCACUUUAUUUCCAACACUGAAGAACAAGAAGAAGACACGGACGAUUACUACAACAAUACCGAAACUGGUUCGGUCAGUGACAUUUUCUCCGAUCCGGCAUUGGAAGAUGUCGCGAGUUCGUUAGCCAAUGACGGCGAGUCGAGAGAACGCUAUAUUUUGGCCUGUCGCUUGUUGCGGACACGCAUUACACAACGACAUCCGCCUCCCAUUAUGCCAAUGGAGCGAGAAUUGUUGCAAGAUUUGCUCGAACGAUUCCGAUCGUCACGCAAUGGGGGAUCUGCCAUGGCAUUUGAAGCACUGUCCAACAUUUUAGCGCAACAACAAGAAGAGGAGGAAUCGCGGUCGUCGUAUCCAUCCAUUCUAGACUUGGAUGGGAGUCACGACAGCAGUAGGGAUGGAGUAUACUCCGUGGCGAGUAUCCGGGAAGAAGAGGAAGGCUUCAAUACGGUGUUACGGAGGCGGUCUUCGUCUUCGUGGAGAGACGAAAAGAAUCCCAAAGCACUCCCGCAGUUGUUGGAAGUCGAACACGAAGAUGACACGACGACAGCCGCAAGCCGACAAUCAGCAGCAGCAAGUCCCAUUGUUCGAUUGGAUGGAUGGAAUAAUGCGGAGCGGGAAAAACCGAAUCAUCAGCAAUAUCCAUUUGUCAUUAUGGGAUUUGACGAGGAUACUCCUACCGCAUCGAGGGUCUUGUCGCCAGCUAUUAUGGAGGCAAUGAGAGGGUUCCUCCCGUAUUCCAUCAGCGAGGACAACUUUUGGCUCAAAUUUAGCUUGGUACGAGAUGGAGCAUCUCUGCGCGUGCUCUUGCGCUCCAUCAUGCCUUGCACACAUACCGUCAUUUGCGUCGAAACGAACGAUGGGGAUGUCUUUGGGUCGUUCUGUUCCACUCCAUGGAAGAAUAAUGGAGACGCGCAAAAAUGGUUCGGAACGGGAGAGAGCUUUUUGUGGAAGUUGAAACAAUCGCGAUACGUGCCGGAACACUUUGCUUUUGAUGCCAGCCAGCGGAUGCACGAAAUGGAAGUGUAUCCCUACACGGGUCACGACGAUAUGGUCCAGUAUUGCACAUCCACCACCCUGGCUGUGGGAGGCGGUAGUUGGAACGAUGCCGUAUGUCCCUAUCCUGGAGAACCGACAGGUAUUGGUCUGCUCCUCGACGGUGACUUGGAAGGAGGAGAGACGAAUUCCUGUGCGACGUUUGCCAAUCCACGCUUGACGCGCAAUAACAACAACAAAACGACCGUAUCGAAUGAGUUUACGAUUGCCAAUCUCGAGGUUUGGACGUUGACUCCGCACGCCACCAUUCACCUUGCCGAACAACUGGAGCGACAAAAGUACUUUAUUAAAGAGCACACUUUGGAGACAGUGCCCUCCUCAUCGCCAACGCGAUCAUCUCCAAUGGCCAGUCCCCGUGGUGGAAGACGCUAA